UCGAAGCGUUGACAACAUUUUUUGUUUUUCAGUCAAUUUCUGGCGGAGCGACUCUUCUUCAAGCCUCAAUCUCAACCACACGCAGACCGACGGUGCACCCCUUCGCCCGCCUCCUCUUCCUCCUCCGCCGAACAGUGCACACCGCGCCGCUGGAUGAUAGCGACCGGCGGAGAUUCAGAGGCGGCGAUAGCGGUGGCUGUGUGCGGCGGACUCGGUGGCGGCCGCCGUAGCCGCCGCGCUGUCCGCUGGGCUGCCGACCACCUCCUCCCCUACGCCCACCGCGUCGUUCUGGUCCAUGUCAUCCCCGCCAUCGCCUCCAUCCCCUCUCCUUCGGGGGAACUUGUUCCGGUGGACCUCGUGGGGAGAGACGUGGUGGAGAUGUACGUUCAGGAUCAGAAAUCGAAAGCCCAGCGAGUGUUCUUCGAGUUCAGAAGGCUUUGCGGCACUAGAAAUAUUGAUUCUAUUGUCUUGGAAGGAAAAGAUCCUGCUUCUGCCCUACUGAAAUAUGUGUCGGAAUCAGGAACUAGGAACCUGGUUUUGGGAUGUUCGUCAAAUUGGCUGAGAAGGAUAUUAAAAGGUCCGGAUGUGCCAAUGACAAUCCUGAAAUACUCGUCCAAUAUCUGCAACAUUUUUGUUGUGUCACGAAGCAAGCUCAUUAUUAAAUUUGCAGAUCGAUUAGUCUCGGAUGAUCCUACAUGUAGCUCCCAUAUAGAAACUAUCAGCCGCAAGUUACUUGGUCGAGGAGGAGUUGGCUCACACUCUUAUACUUGGAGCGACCGGAAGUCAUUUGUCAGUACAUAUUCUGAAACUACUCAAUUUAGUGCAGUACAUGAAGGAGAACAAAGUAAUAGAAUACUAUCAGUUCCAACCCACAAGAAAUUCGGUUUUCUGGCAUCUAUUAAACGCAUGCAUUUGGCAGUCUUCCAAACAAUGAAAAAGAGUGAACCUUUGCCUGGAGUAUCAAAGUUAAAGAAAGAGUUACAAGACACUAUCGCUAAGUAUCAUCAAGUUUGUGAUGAUUUGGUUGAUGCGAAGACGAAGGUUCAUUUACUUUCUACUGAAUGCUCGGAAGAUGAAAAGAAACUAAAGGUUGCAUCAGACAGAGAGGAAGCUUUGAAAAGGAUUGCUGCAGAAGAAAGAACUGAGCAUUUGGAAGCGGUGAAAGAAGUUGAGGAAGCAAAGCAAUUUAGUUCACAUAUGCAAGAGGCCCUAGAAAGACAAAAAGCAGUAGGAUUAGCUGGCAAAGUGUCGUUCGAGAAAUCAGAAAUAAUAGAUGCUUAUUUUUUAAAUAGCAAUUGGUGCCGAAGAUAUUCAAAGGAUGAAAUAGAAUAUGCGACUGAUAACUUCUCCGAAGCCAAGAAAAUAGGAGAGGGAAGCUGUGGCAGUGUCUACAAGUGCACCCUUGAUCAUACCCCUGUAGCCGUCAAGGUUCUUCUUCAAAAUGCACACGACAAGAAAGAGCAGUUUCUUAGAGAGGUAGAAAUUCUUAGCCAACUACAUCAUCCUCACAUGCUUUUGCUGCUUGGAGUCUGCCUUGAGAAUGCUUGUCUUGUGUAUGAAUACAUGGAAAAUGGAAGCCUUGAAGAUCAGCUUUUCGGUCAUGGCAAGAAGCCACUUCCUUGUAUUAUUCGAUUCCGGAUUCUUUAUGAAGUAGCUUGUGGCCUUGCUUUUCUACAUGGUAACAAACCUGAGCCUAUCGUUCACCGUGAUCUUAAACCAGCGAACAUUUUGUUGGAUAGAAACUAUGUGAGCAAGAUUGGAGAUGUCGGACUAGCUAGACUCCUCUAUGAUGUUGCGCCUGAUGCACUCACUGAAUACAAAGAAACUAUUCUUGCUGGAACAUUCUUUUACAUGGAUCCUGAAUACCAAAGAACCGGCACAAUCCGCCCCAAGUCUGAUAUCUAUGCCUGGGGCGUGAUUGCACUUCAAUUGCUGACCGGGAAGCAUCCAAAUGGAUUGAUAGUCAGUGUGGAAAAUGCUAUCAAACAAGGAACCUUCUCUAAUUUACUCAACCCGUCAAUCACAGAUUGGGCCCUUACCGAGGCGGAGAGAUUAGCUAAACUUGCUUUGCAGUGCACACAAUUAAGGUGCAGGGAUCGACCUGAUCUUGAUCUGGAAAUUUUACCAGUGCUUGAAGAUAUAUUGAACAAAGGGAAUACUUAUUCCAAUCUGAAACGAAACAGCAUGGAUGUGCCAAAGCAUUUUUUCUGUCCCAUACUACAGGAGGUGAUGGCCAACCCCUAUGUCGCGGCUGAUGGUUAUACAUACGAAUACAGGGCUAUCAAAUCAUGGCUUGGGAAAUAUGAUACAUCUCCUGUGACCGAACUGAGGUUUUCACACAGGUCCAUAAUCCCUAAUCUCUCAUUGCGUUCAGCCAUACAAGAAUGGAAGUUGCAGGUAGCUUUCUCGCCUCUUUGAAUCAAGAAGAGUGUGAUCUAUUUGUUUGAAUGUGGACUUUUUUAUUUAUAUAAAAAGAGAAAAUAUUUGUAGUGUAAAAAAAUUGUAAAAGAAACAAAAGGAGAAAAAAAUAUUUGAUUUUGAAAUUAUUUGUCUUGUUUAGAUUUUAGAAUAAGGCUGUAUGCUCCAAAUUUGCAUAGUAAGAAAUGGAAAGACAGGCUAAGCUUGGUUUUUGUAUGUUUGUGCACAAAAAUGAAUUGAAAUUAUCUUUCAUAUUU